UUUCACUACUGGUUCAGCCACAGUAGUGUUGACGCGGACGACUCACGGUGGGUGGCGCUACGUAUUGACAACUCGCUACCCUUCAUUUCCAACCUUCAUGCAACCACGACGGCAGCGAUGAGCUUCGUAUUGGACCUAUAUCUUGUCGGCGUGCCUUGGCUGCACGUACUGCUGGCGCCCUAUACCAAAGUGGAAGAGAGCUUCAAUCUACAUGCAACGCACGAUGUACUCAUGUACGGCGUGCAGCCUCAUGCCCUUCAGAACUACGACCAUCGUGUCUUUCCUGGAGCAGUACCGCGGACCUUCAUAGGAAGCGUCCUCCUGGCAUGGGGGACUACACCGCUAGCGUAUUUGGCCGGUACGCAGGGAAUGAUUACCCAGAAGGCCGACCUUCAGGUGCUAGCCCGGUUGCUUUUGGCGACCAUAAAUGCCAUAGCAUUCUGCCUCCUGCGCCGCGCCGUGGCCCGUCGAUUCGGUCGUCUUGUGAGCUGGGCAUUCGUGGCGCUCACCAUCAGCCAAUUCCAUUUGCCAUUCUGGAUGGGCAGGACGCUGCCAAACAUGUUCGCACUGUUCCCUGUAAACCUCGCUUUGUACCAGCUCGUGAACCGUGCAUCCAACUCUACUCGCCCUUCGCCGACUGCGUACCAUCGCGCGAUAGCUCUUCUGACGUUUACAGCUACUGUGUUCCGCUCUGAGAUCGCGUUGCUGCUUGCGCCUCUGGCUCUGCAAGGUCUGGCCAAGGGCUACACGACGCCCUCGUCACUUCUCAAAGUCGGGGUCAUCAGUGGCGUUUAUUCUGCAGCAUUGACAGCUCUAGUUGAUUCCUACUUCUGGCAACAGUGGCCUCUGUGGCCGGAGUUGCAUGGUGUAUUCUUCAAUGUCGUUGAAGGGAAGAGUGCAGAGUGGGGUGUCUCCCCAUGGCACACGUACUUCACGUCCUCUCUGGCCAAACUCCUCAUAUGGAGCCUCCCGCUAUCUGUACUGGGUAUUGGCGCAGAUCGGCGCAUCGGCGCGAUGCUCUUUCCCUACCUCUCUUUCAUAGCGCUGCUCAGUUGCCUUGGUCACAAGGAGUGGCGCUUCAUCAUCUAUGUCGUUUCAGUGUUCAACAUCGCUGCUGCAAGGGGCAUCGCGUGGACCAUAACCAAACCAAAGAGCAAAUUCCUCGUUCGUUUGUCUAUUAUUGGGUUUGUGGGUCUCAUUGCAUCCAAUUUCGCUGCGACAACGCUCUCCACCUUGGCGUCGAUGAACAAUUACCCGGGAGGCGACGCAUUAUCGAUUUUCAAUGCGCACUAUGUCAAUGAAACUAGAGGUGUGGCGUUGCUGCUAGGCCUCGUCACUGAACCUCUAUUCACGCUCCUCGCAGUGCACGUCCACAUAUCCAACUUAGCAGCGCAGACCGGUGCCUCCCUCUUCCUCCACACUCAUGCGCCACCCUUCCUACCAGGCCUCAAUGUCUCGCCUCCGAACCAGAACUGGGUAUACGACAAAACGGAGCACCUCACACCGCAGAUGCUGAGCGGAUCGAAGGAGGUCACACACGUCAUCGCAGAGAGCGACGGUACUGGUUCAUCCUUGCCCACCGGUUUCUCUUCUAGCUACUGGAGGCCAGUGAGAAGUAUAGAAGGGUUUGACGGGUGGAGGAUCAAUCAUCGAUUGCGCGAGCUGGUGAAGGGUAGGGGGAAGGGGCUGAUGGAGAACCUGGACGUGUUCGCGCGUCCGUUGGAGAUGGUGUUCAGGGAGAAGUUGGUGAUUCUCGAACGGGAAGGUCGUUGACACCCUGAGACUGUAUGCUCUUAGUUUCGCAUACUAAUGCUAGUGGGGUACCCUUCUUACAGACCUGCAACCCCAUACUGCGAUGCGUAACCUGCGGAUGAGGAGGGCUAUCAGGAGAUGUACGAACCAUACGUAUUACAUGCCAGAUGAGGGCGGUCAUGACUGCCCCGUCAACUGUGCUUCAGCAGCCUUCUGCCUCUUCUCUGUAGCCGCCUUGGCCUCGCUUA